CCAUACCAAAAAAGUAAAACAUUUCACUUCUUCUAUUAAUUAUUAUUCAAAAAACAGAAUGGCUUUCAGAAUCACCAGUCAGUUGAGAUCUGUCGGAAAUCAGCUCGCCGGAGGCCGUCGAUUUGCGACCGCCGUCACCGGCAAUGCCAAAUCCGCCUACAACAAAUUCUCGGUGACGGGGGAAUUUGCGCCGAUAGCGGUAGUAGGAGGGUUGACGUUCAUAGCAGUGGCAAUGGCGGGUCACAGUUGCAAGCAACAGUUGGCGCAUUCUCCGACAGUGAGCGCUAGAAAGAGGAGAAGAGAAGCCAUGGCAGAGGUGGAUGACCCGGACCGAGUCAUUGAAUCGGCCGACAAGUUCAUCACCAAGUCUUGGCUCAGAAAGAUUGGCCAGAUCCAAGACAAGUCCAAGGCUGUCCUUUCCGAUCCUACCCGACCCGACCCCUAUACCACGCCGAGGAAUGCAGAGACAUUGAAGUCGGUCGGGGUGAAACCAAGGGGCAUAUGAACAUAUCUCAAGGCUUGGUUAUUUUCAUUUUGAUUUUGUGUAUAUAACUUUUUUUUUAAAAUUAAUUUCGGUUUUACAUUUCACUCCUCUUCAUCAUGUUUCGAAGAGGCACGUUAAACUUCAUUGUUUUCUUUUAUUGAGAUUUUUGUAACAAAAUCAAUAAUAAUAAAAAUGAUGAUAAUCAUGAUUA